CAGGGUCCGAGUCCCCGUAAGUAAUUUACGAGAGGACGAGGCGAUGACAAUGCAUCAUGCAGGCCACACUGCUGGUAGUAUACACAGAUUUCGUCACGGCUUAACAGCCGAAUGGUGGCAGGCAUCGCACUCCCAUUGGUACGAUAUCUGCAAGUUAAAAUAGGUAGAGUACUAGUAGGGGCGGUGCAUGCCACUACUAACCGUUAAAAGAGUAAUAACUUUGGUUGGUUAUAACGGUUAGGCCUUUAGGAGCUAUUUGCGUUACAGCUCCUUCCAUACUCAGACCACAAUGAUACUGAGGGUGUUCUGCCAUGUACCGGGAUAAUGGCACCAUGUGUCCAGCUGAGCGAUGCCACUACUCGCUUCCUUCAUCCGUUUUUCAUUCUACCCCCAUGUCGACUUCGUCGCGCCCCGCACUCCACAGACAGUUUUGUUAUACCACCACCCUGCCCGUGUCCCACCCCAACUUAAUCCUCGGUCUAACAGUGGCUGCCAAACGGUAAUAGGUCAUUGCGUCUGCCCAUAUGUCGCAGCUGGUUUGUGCAUAGGGAUACUUGUUGUGACUAUGAUCUCGUUUAUCUUUUGCCAUCCUGGGAGAUUCUGUGUGACAGCGUGUGUCGCUGUCAACUCACAAGCAUUGUGCAUCAAGUGUAUCACAGGCGACGCCUCAGUGGGACCACGCAUUGAUGCGGUGAGAAGUUGUACUGACGUUGUCGGCGGGAGAAUUGAAGCUAUUCUCCCGGUGACGGCGUCCCUGAAAACCCCACCACAGAAUCGGUCUCGACAUCUGGCAAAUCAGAAGAGAUCAUGCACAUGGACAGGAUAUAGGCAGGUUGGAUGGAAACAUUUAUGAAGAGAGUUUCAAAGGACACGACUUCGUUUCCACAUAGUGAUCAAAUUCCCAUGCCACAAGGAGCGCAAUCUUGUCGAAUGGAAAUUUGUAGACUUGGUCAAUGCGAGUAUAUAUCGAGCUCAUUGAGUAUGUUUGAUACAGUUUCCAGAUUGACGCGGACGUGCUACACAGUGGAUGAUAU